AUGAAUAUUUUGGAUGAUGAAGAUGACCAAAGCUUUCACGCUACGCGUGACGGCUACUCCCAUUUGAGCGAUGUCGAAUGGGUUGCGGUUGAACGAAUGGGUUCGACCAUGGGCAUCCAUGCUGUUAGAGUCAUGCUAGAGGCUCUCAAUAGAGAUGCCCAACAUGCUACUAUCGCCAAGUUCAUUCAAAAUGAACUUGACGCAGAACGCGAGAAAGUAGCCUUGCUUCACCAACAAGGUUCUCAACAAGCAGAGUUGUUGAGAGAACAGGGUGCUCAACAGUUUGAACUGUUGAGACAGCAGCAGGCUGCUGCUGGCGGGUCGAUGCACUCGCGUCGACCCGAGACUUUGAAGAUUGACAACUCAAAGUACAGGGGGGUCAAAGAAGACUCCCUCUUGAGAUGGUUCGUCGAAUUAGACGACGCCGUAAGGGCGCGUUGCAUCGACGACGGGGAUAUGCACGUUGCAUUGCCCAGUCAAAUCUGGCAGGAUGUGCCAAGACUUGGGCACUGGGGCUCAAGUUGCACGACCCAUAUGCGUUUGGGUCGUUAG